AUGACUUUCAAGAAAGCUAUAGAAUUACAUAAAUCAGAGAUCCAUGAAAACAGAGUCGAAGCUUUAAAAAUUUUUAGAGAAAUUAAACAAUUAUAUUGGAUUGGGUACUAUCAUCACUACGGAUAUGGUGGCUUAGAAAUUAAUAUUGAUAAAGCUAUGAAAUAUUAUCACAUAGCAUCAUUAGAAAACAAUGCUGAAGCUAUGAUUCGAUUAUCUAAUCUUAUUAUUGGAAAAAACCAAGAAGAAAAUGAAGAAGAAAUAAAAAAUAUUAAUAGAAUUUUAGCAACUACUUUAUUAAAGAAAUCUGCAGAAUUAGGACAUGUUAUUGCUUGUUAUCAAUAUGGUGAUAUCUUAAUUAACAGAAAAUUGGGAAAUGAAAAGAAAUUGUUAAAUGGUUAUACGUAUAUGAAAAAAGCAGCUGACAAUAAUCAUGAAAAAGCUAUCGAAAAAAAAAUAACAUUCCUUUACCAAUUUAAAAUGGCAACAACUCCACCACACAAUAAUAAUAAUGACACUGAGAAUCCGCUUCCUAAUAAUUCAUCCAGAAAACGCUCAUAUACUGCAAAUAACGAUACCACAUCUGAUACACAAAGAAGAAAACGUUCUGUUGAAGAUAUUGAAGAUGAUAUUCUUGAUGUUGAUGAACAAAUUAAUAUUCUAAAGAAAAGAAAAAAAAAAUUGGAAGGUGAAUUAAUCGAAGCAAGAGAAUGUUUAAGAGCAAGAAGACUAAGAAAGAAACUUAGAUUAUAUGAAACAAAUAGAGAAAUUUUAGAAUAA